CAAGAGAGCAAGUAGCAACCUGGAAAGAAGCAACAUCGCAGGAGGGCCACUGACACGGAUCACAGCCACCCCAGGAAAGCAGGCAACUGCUGAUGGAAAGAUUUCUCCAUUAUCAACUCUUACCACAAUAUGUGAUGUUUCAGGGAGCAGUACCAUUAACUUCUCCCAGUCAUGGGUCAGACUCCCUCUUCUGCAUCCUCUCAAACAGAGCAUCAUGAUUCAGCCUCCAGCCUUGACACAAAUCUUAAGAAUGUCAAGAUAGAAAGCAAAAUCCUGUCUCAAGAAGCCAUCACUUUCAUCGAAUCCUACCUUGAGGAAGGAAACCUUCACAGAGCAGUUUGUACAAUCAGCCAUGUUCUGCAAGACAUUGAGAAAGCUCCACUGAGCAUUGCAGUGACAGGGGAACCUGGGGCUGGAAAAUCCAGUCUCAUCAAUGCUCUGCGGAGAGUGGGUCCUGAUGAAGAAGGUGCAGCUGCUUCCACUGGGGUGGUGUGUACAACCGUGGAGAGAACACCCUACCAACACCCACAGUUUCCCAGCGUGACACUGUGGGACCUGCCUGGCAUUGGGUCCACUGCUUUCCAACCGCAAGAUUAUCUAGAGAAAAUCAAGUUUGAGGAGUAUGAUUUCUUUAUUAUCGUGUCUUCUGGACGCUUUAAGCACAAUGAUGCAGAACUGGCCAGAGCCAUUGCACAAAUGAACAAGAGUUUCUACUUUGUUCGAACCCACACUGAUAUUGAUAUAAAGCUUCAAAAACAGAAUCAUCCUAAGAGAUUCAAUAAAGAGAGUAUCUUAAAGCAGAUUCGAAAUAGCAUUUCAAGUAUUCUUAAGGAUGUUACCCAGCAGGAGCCUCAAGUCUUCUUAGUCUCUAACUUUGAUGUGUCUGACUAUGACUUCCCAAAGCUGGAGACCACCCUUCUGAAGGAGCUCCCGGCCCACAAGCGCCACAUCUUCAUGCUCACUUUGCCAACUGUUACUGAUGCCAUUGUGGACAAAAAAAGGGAUGCCUUGAAGGAUAGCAUCUGGCAGGAAUCUAUGAGGCCAAGAGCAUGGGCCACCAUUCCAUUUAGAGGCCUGACCGAAAGGGACAUAGAGAAACUGGAGGAGGCAUUGAAUCAGUUCAGGUCUUCCUUUGGGCUGGAUGAUGCAUCCCUGGAAAAGAUUGCUGAGGAUGUACACGUGUCUAUGGAAGAACUCAAAGCAAACAUCAAGUCUCCACAUCUGUUCUCAGUAGAGAAGGGUGAAUCCGUAGCAGAUAAGCUGCUGAAGUGUGUUCAGCACAUUUACUUUUCAAAGACUUUCCACUUGCAAAAUCACUUCGUUGACACUGUGGCAAAUGAUGUCAAAAUUCUCCUUAGUAAAGAAGAGCUUUUCACAGAGAAGCAUCUUCCACUCCACAGAGCCAUGGGUAAGCCUGGCUCCUCCAGACCUUCUCCUUUAAUGGCUCAGAUUUUAGCCUCCAGUCUUGAAACUUUUUUUAAGAAUUUCAAGAAAGAAAGCAAAAUCCUCUCUGAGGAAACCAUCACUUUGAUUGAAUCCCACCUGGAGAAUGAAAACCUUCAGGGAGCAGUUUCUGUAAUCAGUCAAGCUCUGAAAAACAUCGAUAAAGCACCACUGAACAUUGCUGUGACAGGAGAGACUGGGGCAGGGAAGUCCAGCUUCAUCAAUGCCCUGAGGGGAGUGGGGGACGAAGAUGAAGGGGCAGCUCCCACUGGAGUGGUAGAGACCACCAUGGAGAGAACUCCAUAUGAACACCCAAAGGUGCCCAGAGUGACCAUGUGGGACCUGCCUGGCAUUGGGUCCACUACCUUCCAACCACAAAAUUAUCUAACAGAAAUGAGAUUUGGUGAGUAUGACUUCUUCAUUAUUGUCUCUGCCACACGCUUCAAAGAAAUCGAUGCACAUCUGGCCAAGGCUAUCGCAAAGAUGAAUACGAAGUUCUACUUCAUUCGAACUAAGGUAGACAUUGACAUAAGUAAUGAACAAAGAGGCAAGCCGAAGAGCUUCAAUAAGGAGAAUGUUCUAAAGAAAAUUCGAGAUGACAGUUCAAAACAUCUUCAGGAGGCUCUCUCCAGUGAGCCUCCCAUCUUCCUAGUCUCUAACUUCGAUGUGUCAGACUAUGACUUCCCAAAGCUGGAGACCACCCUGCUGAGCGAGCUCCCAGCUCACAAGCGCCACAUCUUCAUGCUCUCCUUACACAGUGUGACUGAGACUGCCAUUGACCGGAAAAGGGACUUCCUGAAGCAGAAGAUCUGGUUGGAGGCCCUGAAGGCUGGAGCCUGGGCCACCAUUCCAUUUGGGGGCUUGAUCAUCGAUAAAAUAGAGAAGCUGGAGGUGACCUUGAAUCUGUACAGGUCCUACUUUGGGCUGGAUGAUGCCUCACUAGAAAAUAUUGCCAAGGAUUUUAAUGUGCCUGUGAACAAACUCAGGGCACAUAUUAAGUCUCCCCAUAUAUUGACAGAAGCAAAAGAUAUGUCCUUUGAAGAAAAAUUAUUGAAAUACAUUGAGUACAUUUCCUCAGUUAUUGGGGGGCCACUUGCCACUGGCCUUUACUUUAGAAAGACUUUCUAUUUCAAGAAUCUCUUUAUUGAUACUGUAGCAAGCGAUGCCAAAGCUCUCCUGAAUAAGGAAGAGCUCUUUGCAGAGAAGGUGGGAUCAGUCAGGUCUAACACCAGUGAAUACUGGGAAGCAGUGAUGGAAAAAUGAGGCACAAAUUCCAGUGCGCGCUGACCUUUGGCCUGGCUUUGGGCACUGACUUCAUAGCCUGCUCUGAAGAAGCAAAUAUUUUCUGUGAAGGGUUAGAGGUGUAAUCCCUUUCAUCUUUCACAGCCAGAAGAUCAAUGUGGUGAUUGCUCAACUGUACUAUAAUGGUGAAAGAAGAAUCAUCAGCUGUAUAAAAUGUAUGAGAAAAGCUGUUUUUUCAUUAAAUAUCAUGUACAAAAGUA